CUCUUUAUGAUCAAGUUGAUGAGGGUCACACCAAUGUCAGUGGAAUGCAGUGAACACAUGAACUACUUGAAUACAGCGACACCACAGACUAGCGGACCUCAAGUGACGACAGACUCUGUCUACCAUCAUCAAGCACAGAGAGGACAUGACAGUCUAUAUCCUGUCCUGACAGACCGCAGACGACAGUCGCUGCCUCUUAUAGACUUGGUCCUGCUGAGGGGAGACCACUGUCAGCCAUGUCUGGUCCCCCGCCGUCUGCUUCACAACAGGGACAAUGCUGGAAAGGAGGCCCUGGAGGAGAAAGUUCUAGAGGCGGCGGAAGAGUCGAAGUUUACCUACACGCCGUGACCGACGAACAGGCUGCACUACUUCAGAAUACAGAAGAAAGCUGUGUUGUUAUCCAAGGACAAUUUCCGGCACCUAUAUACAUCCUUAAGGCUGUACGGCAGCUCAACAUUUCAGCAGAUUUGCCUAUUUACCCAACUACCACAGAUAUUUAUAGUUUUGUUGUAUGAUGUGGGAAAACCCGAUACGGUAGACUUCGUCGACACCCGGAAGAAACAUCGAGUAGAAAUGACUUGAUCCGCCAUCUUUCCAUUUUCUUUUAUGACCAGAGUAACUGAGAAUCUGCUUCAUUCAGCGAACAGCUUACAUUGAGUUUCCUGCAGACGACAGACGAUGCUCCCCACAGACUGGGUCCUGUUGAGGGCAGACAACUGUUACCUGUCUGCUUACCUGUUGUGAGAGAGGACAGUCGCUGUAGCUGAUGAAGAGAAUGGACAAGAGUAAAAAGAAGGCGGCUGUUGGUACAGGAGCUUUAGGGAAAGUCGAAGUUUACCUGCACCACGUGACUGAUGCUGAGGCUGCUUGUCUUACAGACCCAGGUAACGCGCGCCGACUCCAGGAGGUCAGGACUCGGUCAGGUGCUGAUGUACAGGUUGACCCCAACCCAUCAUCCGUACCUGACAGGAAGACUGUCAUCAUUAAGGGUGACCAUACACAAAUCGAGAAUGCUGUCAGGCUCCUCAAUCAGAUGACUGGAUCGCAGGAAGAUGUUUUACAGCGAGCACAGGAGUUUUGGCUAAAAUGGGUUGAGGCCGCCUUCCCUAAAUUUGACUCACAGGCCUACUUCCUGCCUCCUGUCUACAUCAACCGCGUGCCGAUGACUAGACAGACCAUUGCUGGUCAGGAUGUUCUUGUCCUUCAGAAACCAUCUGGACAGGCCGGUCAGUCCUGCAAAGUAGCGGUGAAUCCAUCUCCCGCUGUUCAAAGUUCCAUUCCUCAACCUACUUCAGUUCAUGACAGUGAUGUCAGAGAUGAUGCAGCCAUGCAGCGCAUUUUCCUUUGUCUGCAGGAAAUGUCGCAACAGAACAGCGAAGUGUUUGUUGCAAUGAGUCAACUUCAGUUCGGGGAGUACCUGGGAGAACCUUGUUAUGCUGCUGCAGCAGCCCAGGUGCCCUUAGCUAGAAGUCUUCCCCCUUCUCUGCCGAAAAACUGGGGCAAGGGUGACUUUGAUGUGCUUCUUAUUCACAGGGAGUACGGUUUUGUGGUCUGUGAGGUGAAGGCUGUUGGUGACAACGUAGGAGAGCUUGGUCUGUCACAGCAGGAUAUGGAAAACAACAUCCGAAAGAAACUAAAACAAGCCAUCGUUCAACUGGACAAGGCGGAGGCCAUGUUGUCUCACCUGGUGUCCGACAUCGCUCCCGGUCUGCGCAUCACCAAGACCAUCGCUGUCCCAAACCUCACGGCUCAUCAGGUAGAGCAGGCAAUCGCUGGUGACAAACAACUCACUCAGGACCUGUGUCGCUGCCUUGGAAAACCACAAACAACAGAUGCCGCCGGCGCGGCUGGUCUUUGUUUGACCUCUGAUCAGUUGUCUGACCCUAAGACACCGUGGGACGUCAGUAGUCACGUGCUGGGGGAACUCGGACACUGGUGGCAGCGACGUGUGGCUGAUGCUGGACCUGACAGUCACAUGACACUUGAUGUUUACCGGACAUUAAUAGCAAGUGCUGGCUACACCAACUUCCAGACUUUCUGUGAGUUGCUGCUGACACGAGUUCCUCGUCUCCAUCUGUGGGCGGCAAGUUGUUACCAUGGAGACGCACCCACCGGCUUUCAAGUGGAAUAUUUAACCAGACCCCUCCGCUCUCCUCCGGCCGUCGUCAGGGAAGUCGAGCAGGACGAGGUGAUCACUACACACCGUUAUGUACAGCCGUACAGAGAGCGAGGUGUGCCCGACCACACAGACGGCCCGCCAGUCAGACGAGUGUAUCACCGAGGUCAGGAUCACUCACGUUACAGGCUAGGUGACUGUGUGACGUGCGGUCGUGAGGUGGCCAGCUUCCUACACAGUCUCCGUGUUGGUGUUACAGGGAGAAGCACAACAACAUCUACAACAUUGACCUCUACCAGUGUCGGCACAACACCACCCUGUCUACAGUGGAGAGACGUGCUGGUGUUGUACUGGGAUUACGAUAGUGAUCAGUGGGGUGUGGUCACAGCACUGCUAGAAGCGGGUAUCCCAGUGGAGGUGAUGAAGGAUGAUGACAUCGAGGACGUGGUCACGGCCCGCAGUGACGUGGUGUGGGUGACGCGUGGAAGUCGUGUUUGUGGUCUGGAGAGAAAAGUCGUCGUCUGUCUGGAUGACCUUAAUUACGGUUACUUAACCUGUGUCCGACUUGACCUCAUGUCACGCUGUACGUCACAACUUGUGAUUAUCUCCCCUGACGACAAGCCGCUUGAAGGUGACUGACACUGACACUGACACUGACACUGACACUGACACUGACAC